UUCCAGAAUGUCUUCCUUUUGAGGCGGGUCAGUCUGUCCUGGGCUGGCAGCAACAUGGUGCAGGAAAUUUAUUAUGGGAUGAGAAAAGCCUUUAGUUUUACCACCCGCUGGUUCUUUUCCCUCAAGUUCAAGGACUUUAAUGUUGCCAAAAAGUUUUCCGAGGAGUUGGAGUUCUAAGGCAGGCAUUACUAUGGCAUGUACCCUAUGGAGAAUUUGGUCAGCAAGAAUGCCUUGCAAGCACGCCCACUCUGUCGGUUAAAGAAAAGCUACCUCAGGCUUUACCCCAAAAGGGCAGGGUCUCAACAAAGGCAUUGAUCUGUCUUACAGCGAAGUACCGGGCUCAGAUGGCAUUCCUGUGGAGGUUUUACCGUAAGCGAAAUCAGCGCUCUCUUUCCACCUGCUCCUACGCCGGUGCUAGGAGUGGGUAUGAGUAUGGGCUGGGCUGGGUUGCUUAACCUUGCACGCACAAGAACCGAAAUCAAAGUGUAGUGAGUCGUGGGCCGGGUUGUUUAAAGCUGGGUUAAGAUAACCCAGGGUUAGUUUGAAAUCUGAUUUGAAAUCUGAAAGCUUUAAAAGAAAAUUCAUUAUAAUGUUAUUUGUGUACAAUUUUAAGAUAGGAUGCCCUAAAAAGAACAGAGAAAAUUAUCCAAAAGGGCAUUUGAACAAAGUAAUAAAGAUACUUAGAUUAAAAUUGAGCCCUGGCGGGUUUCGUGCUAAUCGGCCUUGGGACAGCUGGGCUCUAAUCUAUGAGAUUCUAUUGUCUGGUGGUGCCGCUUCGAUGUCCCACAUUUAGGUGGGCCUUUAGUUUCCAUCAUUUCCAUUACUCCCGCGUUUUGACUUUUUCUACGAAUAAAAUUCGCCUUUAGCUACCUUGAACUUAACCCAGUCGCUUGUUAAUUCCUUUUAAAACAACCUGCAUUUUAUUACUUAUUUUCCACACGCAGGGCAAAGUCUAGAUGGGCAACAACUAAUCAAGGAGCCCUCUUUGAAAUAUUAUCGUUUUCUCUUGUUCAGUGUAUCUUCACUUAUUCGAGAUCGCAAUAUAUCUUUGGUUAUGGUCUAGUAGAGGUACAACAGAGUUUCAAUUUGCUUUUCGUAGUAAAAUUACGCGGAAUUUUUUUUUAGGCAACUUAUUAUAGACGAAUAAUUUUGAUUUUCUCUAUGUUCGAGGGACGGCGGUAAGCGUUUCUUUUGCAACCGUUAUUUGGUCUCGUCACGCAACGCACUCUCUCUCCAACGGAAAAUGGAGGGCGUUGGCUGACGAGACUUAACAACAGCGGCGAAGUAGACAACAGUAAGCGUGGCACCGAUUUCAUUUUUACUUAGAAAUAUUUAGGUAAUAGACCACAAAAUAAAUUUGUGAGUUCAGAUAAAUUAGGUUUUUUCUGUCUUUCUCUUAAGGUGAAGUGAUGCGAUAUUUUCGUUCUUUUGAAAGUUAUGCUCUUUUCAGUUACAAAACUGAAAACAAUAAGUAUGCAAACUGUCGCCUCUCAACCCACACAGCAAAAAAAUUAACUUUUGCCUAUGUUCUAAUUUGUGUCAACUUACUUGUUUCGAAUCAGUUAUUUCAGUUUUUUUUUGGUUUAUACAUAUUUCCAAUCGAGAUUGUAUGUACCAUCCGAUUCUAAAAUUUUGUAUGUUUAUACUACUAUACUUGUAUAUUUUCACUAAAAGCUCCUGGAGUAAAUGUCCUCUGCGGCGAUAAAACCAUUACCAUUGUCAUCCCAAAGACCCUCCUCCGUGGUCUUGAUUUAAAGAAUAUUCGACUCCUGGACACCAAAUGUAAAGGCAAAGAAGGACGGACCCACCUUAGCGUUACAACAUCAUUGACGGGCUGUAAAACUGCCAGGAGGUAUACACCUACAGCUAUCAUCUACUCCAACAUACUGAAAAUACCCGUGGCCGCUAAAAGUGCCGUAACACGCGUACGUGACAUAAAAGUGCAGUUCAGCUGCUAUUACUCAGCGCAUGGUAUAGUUUCAUCGCUUGGUUGGACGCCAAUUAAAACAACACUUGAGCUCCGAGAAAAGGCCAAAGGGAACUUGACACUGUCGUUGAGAAUGUUUCACAACAAGGCAUUUGUGAAUCCUUACACGAAAGUUGAUUUCCCUGUUGCUGUGGAGCUGCAUAGACGAUUGUACUUUGAGGUAUCCGUGGCAACAGAUGACAAAAAGCUGUCAGUCAGGGCUGAUCGAUGUUAUGCCACGCCCACCCAGGAUCAAAAGAAUUCUCUGAAAUAUGAGUUUAUAAAGAAAGGGUAUGUUUAGUGAUAAAUGUUUUGGACACUUAAUUUCUACUCCUUUUGAAAAAUUACUCUUGGUUUAUUUUUGCGGUUACUUGAGACAUUUUCCUAAGCAACUAAUAGUUAGUUACAAGUUAGUAAAAUUGGAUACACUUCGCAAUCUUGAAUUCCAUGAUGAUCAACAUAAGUUAAAAAAAAAAAACUUUUGUUAAGGAUAUUCUUAGGCAUAAUUUCACCUUGAUCAAGGAAAUUUGCUUUACUUUAGCUGCCCAAGUGACGUAACGGUGAAAUAUCAUUCAUCGCCUUCUUCUCGUGCUCAGCGGUUCAGCGUGGAAGCCUUUAAGUUCAUUGCUGCUCAUCCCUUUGUUUUCGUCCACUGCCAAGUGACUGUAUGCAAUGCAACCAACCCAGGCUCCAAAUGCUCGAUGAAAUGUCCUUCAAGUGGCCGAGGGAAACGUGAGCUGAGUGAUAACGUGACUUACGACGUGUACUCUUUAGUGCAGGGACCCCUGCACCUGACGCACGAGAAAAGAAAGGAGAACCGCGGGAGAAUUCUGGAUAAGACUGGUACGUCGAUGAGCUGUUUCCGGGGACACAUAUUAGGGAUGCAUCCUGAGGAUAAAUUCUAUCCCCGGCCCCCAGUACCCCAUGGAUCCCUCUUGAAAGGCCCCUCAAGAUUUUUGAGUUGUGAAAAAUAUCUCUGAUAACUUUCCCCAUUCCCAAAAUGAUUCACCCUUCUUUGUUUGUAUAUUUUUUUCCCAACCUAAUUACAAACGUAUUGUUACGACAUCUUAAACCAGCAUGGUACAGUAUGACGCUUCGCAAGUGAGGAUUUUUCAACUUUGCAGUGAAAUUUCUUUUGAAUUAAGUCUAUAUUCCCCCUUUUCUGUGACGUCCCUAGGUUCCAGUCCUCACAUUCCGGAGGCUCUGUCCGCUGACAAUCAUCACAAGUAGCUUCAAACUCAUUUACACUUGGACUUGACCUGGACUUGAACCACUGAAGGAUGUUUGAGCUGGAUAUUCGUGUAAAGGGUGUUUCACAAGUUCGUGCCCAUUUUUCUAAAAGGCUAUAUCUUACUUAUUUUUGCAUUCUGGAAGCCGUAUCUUUAAAAAAAAAUUACCUAAUUUUGCAUUCUGGAACCAAGUUUUAUUUAAAACAAAAGUUGAAGGGAAAAAAACAUAUUUAAAAUUUUUUUCCGGCAUCACAGAAAUAAUUUCUGUGGUGGCGAACCGACCAUAAAAAGCACUCACUUUUCACGUAAUUGUUUUUUUUCUUUUUCGUAAUUUUUCAUCGCUAUCGACCCGAACAAAUAUUUUUUUUUUUUUUUUUAAUUUUUAUUAUUAUUAUUAUUAUUAUUAUUAUUAUUAUGAUUAAAUUAUUAUUUUAUUAUUUCAAGGUAGUUAAAAAUCGUAUUAAUCCUUAAAAUCCUGUUAUCUCUUCUACUUCUCCAGCUCAAGCAUACCUCUUAUUUUUAGACGCUGAAUAAUCUCAAAACUGACGAAAAAAAAAAUAUGCGGAAACAACAACAACAAACAAAAAUUGUAACUUACAAAUAGUUUUGAUAUUUAAGUUCGGCUCUUAAGAUUACUCACUGAUCUAACUCAAACAGGACUGUCGAAAAGAUUUGAUUUAUGUAAGGGUGCCUGCGCCUAUAUUUUUCUCAUUUUGUAGUACGGAAUGACAGAACUGGCUCUUCAAUCAGCUGUUAGUCGAAAAGGGAUUGUUACUGAAGGGAUUUUAAACCUGUCUUUAGAGGAGCUAAGAUGGUUUGAAUACUUUUCUGAAUAACCACUGAAUGCUAGUUUGUCGAGUUAUAGAAAAACUCAGCAGCACUUUUCUAGGAAAUGAAGAUGGUUUAGGAUUGGCCAUCCUUAGAAGCAUUGCAGGUGAUCGAGUUAAGAAUUAAUAGAAUGACAUCUUACUAAUGAGCCAGCAGCUUUAAACGUUAAUGAUGCUGCAUAUAGUACUGUGAUGGGACGGCAAGCAGAAGGUUACUGAACGCGAAGAAUUAGAACUUUCCUAUUAAGGCGCUAGCACAAGAAAAUAAUCCAAGAUUGAUUGAAGCUUCUGUUUUUGCCAGUCUUUGAAAAUUGAAGAAUAACUGCAUUAAGCUUUUGAAGUACAGGAUAUUGAAUCGAGGUUUUAAGUUUUACGGUAGUGAUGAAGAGUUAAUAAGGAACAUCAGCCGGUUGACAGAGCCUUUUUCUCAAGUUUAGUAUUUUAUUUUAAAGAAAUGGUGAAGGGAAAUGAUGUGGGUAUUAACUUACACAUAAAAAACAGACAUAGUGCUUUCACAUACACGAGUGAUUGGAUGUUACGAGAGCAUAAGGUUGACCAUAAUGGAUAAGAUGUUUUCAUCCCGGAAAUUCUCUG